CAUUGUUUUUCCUGUUCUUAGUGAAUGUAGCACAAGAGCAAAGUUCCUAUGACAUAUUAUCAUUAAUGAUUUAAUGGGAUGUAUUCCCUGUUAAAACAGAUCAGUGAGUGUUCAAUCCCACCCUAAAUCACUUAUGGAGAGAAAGGCUGAUGACAUCACCACUGACGAUGGUUCUGUUACUCCAGUAAUUCAGGUUUAAAUACACUGGCCAUAUUUCAGACUUGGAACAAACACAUCAGGAGACGGGAAAGACAUGGAGCAGGAAGGAAUGGCAGCAGAGCCGGCGCCACAGAACAAGGUGCAGGACUUGAAGGAUCAGAUAAAUGUAGUCACAGACCAGAUGAAGGAAAAUAUGAAGAAAAUCAUUGAAAAAAACGAAAAGGUGGUCAACCUCGUAACCAGGUCAGAGGAAAUGGAAGAAGGGGCUAAACACUUCAAGUACAAGUCUCAGAAAGUGUCUUGCUCCUACUGGUGGAAAAACGUCAAGCUGAAUGUGGUCGUGGUGGUGGUCGUACUCCUCAUCAUUAUCCUCCUCAUCAUCAUCCUGCUGGCCACCGGAGUCAUCCCUACUAAAGUCACUGAGACCUCCAAGCCAUAAACCAACAAAAAUACACAUAGCAUACUUACAAAUACAACUAAAUUAUAAACAAACAUUCCUAUGGCACAAUUUACAAAGUACUAUUCAUUCAAUUCAUUGCAUGUAUCUCUGUGACCCUAAUACAUUUAAAUCUUCACCAGAGACUUAUGUAAAUGUAAUUCAGUGGCUAAUAGAAAUCAUGGGAACACUUUAAAAUGCAGCCUGUAACUUACAAUGCAAUUAUCUUGUAAAUACAUGUAUCAAUAAAAUACGUACAGGACACCAAUAUCAGGGCAAAUAGAGAAUGUAAGACAAAGGUAGUAGACAAGAGGUAAAUUCAGCUAUCUUUUACCGUAUCUUAAAAUGAUGCUAUAUUUUCAAAUAUAUGAUACGUUUUGGCAUCAUGAACAGUAUAAUGUAUAUUAUUAUUGCUGCAAAACAUAAGGCUUUUUUAAAUGAUUUUGAAUUGAUGGUUUGAAUCUGGAUCUGACAAUCUGUGAUAUCAUCAGAUAAAAAACACAGAACCAAAUAAAUAUACUUCCACUAUAUAUACGAUUUAACAAUUUACAUGUUAAUUUUCUACCCACACCUACAAAAUAUUGACACUGUAAUUACAGAAUUUACCAUUACACAUAUGGGAAUGGCAAAAAGAUUUGAGAUGGAAGUGUGGGUUUUCAGAGUAAAGCAGCACUGAGUACAAGUUUAAGAUUAUGUGUAGAUGUAGAUGGCCGUCUUUAAUCUGGAUUGAGUUGGAGAGGAACCAAACGUGUCAUCUGCAAAAACUGGGUAUCACAAGUCUGUUGGAGUAAUGUUAUUGUUAAAUAAAUUGUACAUAAUAAGGGACUGAGCACAGAACCAUGUGCCACCGGGCUAUAAGAUGGAGGCUGAUUUAAAACCAUUGGUACAGAUUGCCUGUAAAUAGUCAAAAAUGAAUAGAACCAGUUUGCACAUAAUCAAUACAAUAAUCCAAACUAAAUCAGAUAAUCUACAAAAAAUUCGGAAGCAAUCCAUAGAAAUUUCUUUUUAUAUUCAUCAAAUCAUUUAUUGUAUGUCAAAGGUUGUGUGCUAUAUAUUUCUAAAUGCUGUAAUUUACUCCUUAACGACUGAUGGGAGGUACACACUCCUCUGUCAAUAUCACACAGUUCUUAAAUGUACAAAUGUCAAUAAGACAAGAUCAGAGUUAAAGAAACUGUUUUGCACAAAAAAUCUGUUGCACACAUAAAAUCGCAUAAUUGUGAAGUCACACAAUCAGCGCCCUUUUAAUGAUGUCAGAUUUAUCUGUCAAAGCUGUUGAGCUUCAAAUAUUCAACCGAGAGCUGGUAGGAAAUGUGAGGUUAUUGAUUCACCACCACCUUCAAUGUCUUUUCAUACACAGGAGAGUUUGAUUUGGGCCAUAGGGUCAAAUCUAGAUGGUCUGUAGAAUGAAUCAUUAUUUUGACUUUUUUCAACUGAGCUCGGAGACCGUGUUCCUGCUUCUGUGAAACUGCAGAUUUAAGUGAAGAGAUGAUUGACCGACAGAAAACAGGCACAGCUUUUUGGUACUUUGGGUGCAUAAAAACAUCACCAGGGUCAGCUGUGAAGAGCUUGUUCCCACACUUCUUGUGUUGGACGACCAGGCUCUUUCAGAGAGAUCAGUUACAGCCCCCCAUGAUUCUCCCUGCUGGGCCCAUGUUAACCAAUAGGUUUCCACAGACACAGCAUAUAAUUUAAAAAUGUUAUGUUAUUCGUGUUCUUUCUUUUUAAUCAAACAUGGACAAAUGAAAGCUGUGUGUGAUUUCUGUACAAACACUGUUUUACAUGGACAUGGACUAACGCCAGUCACAUUACCCUUUCACACACUGAGCUGAUCCAUGCCACGUGAGGCCACAGCUGGAGCAGGUCUGUCACUGUGUCAGAAACCUUUCCAGUGUCUUUAACUGUUUGAUUUGCAAAAUUCACAAGGCCUUUUUCUUUAGACUCGUGAUUUUAAUAGUCUGAUAUAUCUGACAGAGCCGGAGAAGAUCUGUGAAGAAGAAUGAGAUAAACUCCAGGUGUGCAAAGUUUGUAGACACUUUACCCAGGAGGACUCAAAGCUGUAAUUGCUGUUAAAGGAGCUUCUACAAAGUACUGGAUUAAGAGUAUUUUGUUAAAAGGAGUUUAGGAUUUUUAAUAAAAAGUUUUCACUUUGUCAUUAUUGGUAAUUAGUGUGUACUGAUGGCACAAACUGGCAGUUGUGUCCAUUAAAAAGUAAAAAGUGAAGGGGUCUGGAUACUUUCUGAAAACCACUGUUUAUUAAAUACUACAGUAGUAUAUACUUUUACUCUGUAAAAGCUACUUACUAGUUUGUCUGUUGAUUCAUUUAUUUGAGUUUCGAUUAUAUUAAUUAAUUUGUUUAAUUUUUUGAUAAUAUUGUCUUUUGUUAGUCAUUAGUUUCUUUAUAUUAUCUGCUUAUCUAGCAUAGUUAGUUUGGUUGACUAAUAUUUUGUUUAUUUUGGGUAGUACUAUGGGCACAUUAGGUUAUCUAUAUAGGUAGACUGGUUUAGGACCAGCAUGCACCUUGGUGGGCCUAUGCUUUUCUUACAAGACCAGGAGAGGCAGCAGGAAACAUAAUCUCUUUGCUCCUUGGUUUGCUUGCUUGUUUGGAUUAAUAAAUCACAAAGUAUUUUGCCUGCAUAAACCACAUUCCCAUGGUGCCACAGUUGCCCAUUGAAUUUAUGUUGAAUUUAAGAUUGAAGGCAAAUUGCCACUGCAUACUCCUUUGCUGUUUGUUGAAUUGCCACAAGAUGGUGAUGGAGAGUAUGACUGAGGUCUGAGACUUGAGGAAGUAAAUCAGAGGGAAUUCCCAAAAGCUUCCAUGGUGGUUCUUGGUGAAGUUAUAAAGGGCAUGAUGGCACAUGUUCUCACACUGUUGCUUUCUGUUUGGUUUGUUCAAAGGCUAUAAUCACCUUGCAGAACAACACAUUUAACUUUGCAAGCAAUAAAACAAAAGUGGGUCAUACUAGUUUGGGCACUGUGAAGAAUGUAGUAAUAAAAAAAGGGAUGGACAACAAAUCACACCCAGCUGGUGAGAACAGUUGCCAGCAUGUUUUCACCGUGGACACACCUGUGCUCAAAUAAGGACAGAUUAAACUUUAGGUCGAAAUGAUCAAAUAGAUGAAAAUGAGGGUGACCUAUCCCUUCAAUGUAUUUUUUCAGUAUCUUCUAAGAUCCAAAGCCACCUUACAUAUGCCCACCAAACAUCUCAAACUGCACUGAAACCAAACAACCUGUAGAAGAACUACUAAACUCAACAAACAUUCAAGCAUUCAGGUAGACUGUUGAACAGGUCGUAACAGGUUCACCUCUCCUGUUGACUCAACCACAGCGAAUCCCUGCAACUUAUCAGUGUGAAUGUGCUGUUUUGUCAACAAAUGGUGCGUUAGCUAUUAAGGUUUUACCCCCAUGACAAAAGUCCUGGUGAGUUUUUGGAACAGCAGCAUCUCAGACAAACACAAACACACGCAAAAAAAAAAAAAAAAAAAAAAUCCACUGAAAGGCCAUUUGUUACUGAUGGGAAAUCAGCCUAGACUCAUGCUGUUGUAGUCAUGCGGAUGUGAGUCUGCCAUCCAUGGACGAGUAGUAGACAAUGAUCCGAAGGGAGGGUGGUCAGCAUACUGAAUAUGGCCUUUGUAUUUGUGGAGCUUUUCCCAGAAGACGGCCUUUGUUGACCACGUCUCUGACCCAGCCAGCUCUGACCUGACAAAAUCUUAUGUUCUGCCUCAGUUAGAAUAAUGUAGAAUAAUUAUGAUCUGAUGGUAUAUUUACAUUUAUUCAUUUGCCACUUACAGGUGCAUCAAGUAACAUGGAGGGGUCAAGAAAGUUUUUGAGACAGAGCUAAAGAAAGAUAGAAAGACAGAGAGAGAGAGAGAGAGAGAGAGAGUGUGUUGAAAGAGAGAGAAUGAAAUGAAUGAAUAGUAAAAUGAAUGUGAGGUAUAUUUGAAGUUGAUACAGGUUGAAGUUGCUGAUUUUCUCACUGAAUCAUCCUAAUUUACCAUUCAAUUUUAAAUACUAUUAGAAUACUAUACUAUACUAGACUAUAUGAGACAUUGUACACUACAUACUACACUAAGCUAUACUAUAGUAUACUACA